AAGAAACUCUGCUCAUCCACCAUGGAAGCAGAUCCAGUGAUCGGAGACGAACAUCCGGCCCUGGUACAGGAUGUCUUUCUGCAGGGCGCAGGUGUAACCUGGCAGGCAGAAAACGGAGAACUGUUGUGUCUUCAAUGACUUCCACUAUCAGUAGUUUUGAUGAAACGUAAAAGUUUGGAGUUUUGAACUUUCAUAGAUCAGAUUUUCUUCUGAUCUUUGCUCUGCUGGAAAAGCCACAGAUGGUCCUGGAACAGGUUCCACCUGGAGGACGGUUUGGUCCUGGAAGAGGUUCCACCUGGAGGACGGUUUGGUCCUGGAACAGGUUCCACCUGGAGGACGGUUUGGUCCUGGAAGAGGUUCCACCUGGAGGACGGUUUGGUUCUGGAACAGGUUCCACCUGGAGGACAGUUUGGUCCUGGAAGAGGUUCCACCUGGAGGACGGUUUGGUUCUGGAAGAGGUUCCACCUGGAGGACUGUGUGGUCCUGGAAGAGGUUCCACCUGGAGGACGGUUUGGUCCUGGAACAGGUUCCACCUGGAGGACGGUUUGGUCCUGGAAGAGGUUCCACCUGGAGGACAGUUUGGUCCUGGAACAGGUUCCACCUGGAGGACGGUUUGGUCCUGGAAGAGGUUCCACCUGGAGGACUGUGUGGUCCUGGAAGAGGUUCCACCUGGAGGACGGUUUGGUCCUGGAAGAGGUUCCACCUGGAGGACGGUUUGGUCCUGGAAGAGGUUCCACCUGGAGGACGGUUUGGUCCUCCAGGUGGAACCUCUGGAAGUUCUGCCCUGCCGGCAGCCGGACUCUGUUGGACCAACUGGAUCGCUCUUUGUUGCCGCUCUCAGCCUGAACUCCCUGAUGCUGCAGACGUUUCCUGCUCUGAUGCUGCUGCUGCUUCUCAGUGGAGGUGAUCAUCAGUUCAUGCAACAAUAGUAAAAUGUUUGUAUUCCAGUGUUUUCUGUUGACAGGGAGAUUUCCUUUCUACAAUCUCCACAUGCUUUGUUCAGAAUGAGAGAUUGCUGCAGAAUUAAUCUAAUCAACACUGUUGCUCCAUGUUGCUCAGGGGGAGGAGUUGUUGCACAGUCAGCAGCUCGAUGCAUCGACUGGUUUUCUCAGGUUUUGUUUGUUUUGUGUUUUUUUUCCAGUUUCAGUGAUAACUGGAAUUUAAACUGGAAUGCAGGUAAAAUGUCUCUGCAUACGAAUUUAUGAUUGGAUUAUUUUUGCUCUAACUCAGAAUAAAUAAACUGAAUUGAUGCAAUAAAAUAACAUCUGAAAACG